GUUCCUCUUAUUACUAGCGUAAACGGUUUCAGAGUAGAAUUAAACUUUCAAGCUAGAUGUUGGUGGCAGUGCUCUUGCUGAUUUCGGAGGCUUAGAUAAAAGUAUAGUGAAUUUUCAAAUUAAAUCUCACCCAAAUGGAGGAUAAGGAUGACUCAAUUUUACUUGCUCUACGACAAGAACGUGCGAGAGCUCUUGCAUCUCAAUCAAAAUAUUACGAGGCUGCUUCAUUAAUUGAUGACACAGGAAUACCAGAUGAGGAAACCUCAAUCAGUACCAAACUGAUGAUGGCACAUUGCUAUUUGUACCUUGGUAGAGAAAAUAAAGCAAUGAAAUAUGUGAAGGACGUCAGAAAAGCCUUGCUUUCUGCACCCAAUCCAGAUGUUGAGGAUAUCAUGGGGUUAAUAUACGAUUUCAUACAAAGUAAAUCAUAUGCAUGUGCAUUAAUUCUGCUUCCGAUAGCAAGUGAUAUGUACAAAAAGUUAGAUUCACCAGACGAUGUGAUAGAUAAGCUUUUUCGCUGUAUUCACGCAGCGAGCGAAUGCACCACUCCGAUGAUAGAAAAGGAGGGAAGAUCGCGUAUCAUUGCGAUAGAUUUCGGAAUUGAAUAUAUGGCGGAAUUGCUUGACGAUUUGAGAGAAACAUCAGGAUGUGAUCCAGAAAAACAAGUAACUAAGGAGGCUUUAGCUACAAUUUUAUUGGCGUUUGACUACUGGAAGAUUAACGAUAACCAUAAAGGGGUUAAACUUCGAGAACGAGCGAUUGCAUCACUGAAAAAGCAAUUCGGCAAAAAUGCUUCAAAACAAAGGGUUCUCGGUAAAUUGUACUACAACACGGGUGUUGGAUACGAUAUAUUGAAUAAAAAGGAUCUUGCGAAGCAAGCUUACGAAAACGCUGUUCAAGCAUAUGAGGAUGCCAAAGAUUAUGAUACCGAAAUGGAGAGAAACAAUGACAUACAAGAGUGCAAGAAAAAGAUGAAACAAGUCGACCUUUAAUAUAAUGAGUAUAUAUACUUAUUUUGAAAGAGUCGAAACAUACUAUUUGGUUAAUUAUAUUCUUUUUAUCAUCAAUUUUAAUUUCGAUGUAUUUAAUUUAUAACUACUAAGCUAUGUGAGUGGAAAGUAUAAAACAAGUGUAAUUUAACAGCAAUGUCGCAAACACGAACAAAAAAUACUACGUUCCUUUUAUUCCAAUGAAUAAAUAAGAUAUUAAUUACUAUAAGACAUGGAUAAUAUUUUUUUUUCUGUAGUUUUGAAGGAGUGAACGGUUAAAUUAUAGCAGCAUCCUGUUGUAUGACAUUAAUACUACAGAUUGAAUGCAUAUGAUGUAUUCCCAUGGCCAAUAUUAGUUUACAAUUGUUUACUUUAUAAACAGGUAUAAGGUUGUGUUUGUAUUUUAUUCGGUCUUGCUUUAAUUCGUCUCGGAAAUUAUAGGUAUAACACAUUUGUGUAGUUUGAUAUAAAACUUUAAUCCUUUAUAAAUUAAAUAUUACUGUGUUGUGUGCCUACAUUCUCUGAAUACCUCUAGAUCAAAUAACGUUACCGAGAAUGCUUAUUUAUAAAAAAAAUUAUGUUAAUGAAAAAUUAUAUUCAAAAUUUGAGGAUUACUCAAUUUUUUUUUCCAACUUUAACUUAGCCACAUACAUUAUACCUUAACAAGCUUAUUUUGUCGUAAUCAGACUAGCUUCUUAUGUUUCUUUUUCACAAAAUCAUUAUAAGUCACAAUUUUAAUAGAACAGAUAGUUCAGUGUGGUAGUCUCCAACCUUUUUUGCUAUUUGCCCCACUUUUUCUGUUUUGGAACUGUUUAUUUCGCCCCUAGGUAAGAGCAUAAACUCUCUAUUACCGUUUAUUUUACAAUAUUGUAUCAUUAGCUAGUGAUAUGUACACAUCGCGCUGUGAUUUUUGUACAGUUUAAAUAGUUUAUUAUAUGUGUAUUAAUAUGCGUUAAAAGAAUACAAAAUAAGUAUAUAAUGUUAGUAAUACUAUUCCUCCCCUGAACAGUUAGAGUUCUCUUAUUAGAGGAAUUCUUAAUCGGCUGAUAAACUCUGGCUUACGGAUUCCGUUAUUUGUAUAAAAAAAACUUGAAAAUGGUACGAUUUUUCGCAGAUCUAUAUAUAUAUAUAUAUAACGGAAUUUUUAACAGGACGACAGUGACAUUGCAUCCACAAGGGGUACUUAAGGCAUGCCACAACGUUUAUUACAACUUUUCCCAAUCGAGUGGUUAAAACUAGUAAGCUGAUUAAUUCACCCUCCCAAUGUAUUCUAGUUGUUUGCUGAAUCAACCCAUUCAGCAUACCCCAAGCCAUACCAAAAUCUAACAGUAUGUUAAUCAUUAAUUUAGUUUUUGUUGGAUAACAGUAAAUGAUUAAUGUCUAGGUAAAUAGACGAUAAUACAACUAAAAUGUUGUGAACAAUCUGCGAUGAAAUUCGAAUAAAACCAUGGCAAGUAAAAAGAGGCAGCGAAGUUUGACUAUUUUGUAAAAAAAAACGUUUCUAUAGAGCAGAUUGAUAUAGCUAUUUUAUAUUCUCAUACUAAAAUGUGAAUUGUAUUGUGACGCGUAUUGAAAACGUGAAUUGUAUUGUAUUGUGUGUCAACGGAGACAUGGUUCAAAUUACUCGUAAACCAUGAAACACAAUGAACGCUCGACCCGACCUGCGCAACACGCCAUAUCGAGAAAUCCAGUCUUUGUUUUGACAGGUUUUCACAUGCUUGUUUUUGUGCGCAUAAUCUUUCCAGACAAGUGUAGGUCAUUGUUGAAUUUAAUAUUGUGUUUGAUAAUUCAAUGUCAGAUAUAAAGUGAAUAAGGUUAUCGUUAUAUUUCAUUUGUAAACUGUAUGGGAAUGUACGUGAACGACACAUCGAUUGAUCGGCGUGGAAUAUUUAUCUUAUUAAAAUUUACCUCAAUCCUCUCAUCAAAAUGACUACUGAAGAUAACAUUGAAAACAUCGAGAUCGAAGCUUCCAACGUUUCAAUCAGACAAGAAACUGAAAGCACUGAGGAAGCAGUAAUUGAAGGCGCUUCGUCUCCAAGCACUCUUUCCAAAGACGAAGCAGGUGCAAACAGUCGAAAGGCAAGGACUCGGGCUCUUCAAAGAGAAAAAGCUAGAGCAUUAGCAUCCCAGUCAAAAUAUUACGAAGCAAUCUCAACUCUCGAAGAAGUAUCAGUAGAAGAUGAAGAAACAACAUUAGGAAUUAAGCUACUCAUGGCGGUGUGUUACUUGCAACUAGGAAGAGAAAAUAAAGCAUCGAAAGCUAUUAAAGAAAUUAAAAAAAUUAUUCUAUCUGAUCCUUUUCCCGAUGUCGAUGACAUAAUGGCAUUGAUAGACGAUCUUAUUGGGAAUUCUUCCUUUACCAGUGCAUUGAUUAUGCUCCCCAUAGCCAGUGAAAUCUACCUGAUGGGUAAAGAACCUGAUGAGAUACUAGAUGGACUUUUUAGAUGUAUUAACAAAGCUAAUGAUUGUGCACGCCCUAUGAUCAAUGCUGGUGAUAGGUCUCGUGUCCUAGCCAUUGACUUUGGUAUCGAUUAUAUGGUGGAAUUACUUGGUGAAAUAAAACAGCAGACCAAAGCUGACCCCGAAAAACGGGUAAUGAAGCAAGCAUUAGCCAUAACCCUGAUAUCUUACAACUACUGGAUGAUAAAAGACAAUUCCAAAGGAGUCAGGUUCCGUGAACAAGCAGUAGCAGCUAUGGAGAAACAAUUUGGAAAGCAUGCUUCGCAACGACGGAUUUAUGGAAACAUGCUGUAUAACUUAGGGGUAGGGUAUGAUAUCCUAAACAAGCGAUCAAAAUCGAAAGAGACUUAUGAAAAAGCUAUUGUUGCGAUAGAAGAUGCCCAAGAUUUCGACGACGAGGAUACAAGGCGGAAAGAAAUACAGAUGUGUAGAGAAAAAUUGAAAGAACUUGCAAAGUAAUUCACAACAGCACCCAAACGCCAGAUUUACACAUACUGGUCCCUUUUUAAUUACUUUCGUUGUGGACAAGAAUAAUAAAACGUGUUUCAAUUCAAUUUCACUUACAAUAUGAUAUAAUGAAAUAAUAUAUUUGCAAUUUGUUGAAUUUGAACUUUCGGGAUGAUAAAUAACUAGUUGGAAGAAAAAGAUUAAUUGAAACUUUUGGGUCCAUCGAACAAUAAUCAAGCUCUUUAACGUUCAGCAAUUGUUAUUUCUAAUAUUAUGUUUUCAUGCCAGUAAUUGAUUGGGGUCAAAAUUGGCCAUUUGUUGGCUCUCCUAUAUACCUAUAAAAUAGCAAAACAAAGCAACGAGUUUAAAGGGUAACUCCAGCGAUGUGAUAUUUCCUGAAGCAA